AUGGAACACAGAAAAGAAGGGGUGAUCGCUUUACCGCCUGUUCGAGGUAAGCAGUCCAAAUUUAUUAUGUUUUAUUUGAGCUUUAGAAGCCAGCAAAUAUAAGUAAACCCUAUAUUUUCCUUUACCCUAUUUUGUGGUUUUGUGGUUUUUCCGACAAUUUUUAUCCAAAGAGGUCCAGUAUUUUGUUUUUCUUGCAGGUAUAUUUCUUCCUGAUUUAGACAAUUCAGUCAGGUUACAUUAUUACUUUUUCUUUCUUAUCUUCCUAAUAUCACACAAUGUUAACAACGAUGUUUUAAGGCUUAGCUGAUUCCUUGAAAAUUUAUUGACACGUCUUCGAUGAGUCAAAGUCAAAUCGAAAGUAAGCUACCAGACAUAUUCACGGGUCUCGAACUGGGUCGAAAUAUUACAUGAAGACUGUAAUAUCGUCUAUGAAGGCGAGUAAAAAAGAUUUGUUAUGAAUGGUGCACAUCGAUCCAAUGUAUCGCCAAAGUUGUAAAUAUAACGCAAACCUGAUCACCACUUUCAAAAAGUUACCUCUUUACUAAUCACGAUUUAAAAGUCGGUGAAAGCUUUUCUCCCAGUUUAGACACGUAGGGAAUAUUUUCCUUUGUUGUUAACGGUCGUUAGUAUAAAUGAUCAGUUAAAACAGGUUAAACGAAAAGCCCAUCCUGUUUUAGGUUUGAAAAAUUUAGUAAGGUUUUUUAGCAUCGAAACAUGGUUUUCUCGAUAUUUGCGAUUUAAAAAUAACGAGCAUUAGCCAAAUCAAUUAAGGAAACCGCUAAGAUUAAUAAAAAACAGGUCGGAUAAACUGCCAUGAUUUGUAAGUCACUUGUAAUCUGAAAAUUACAUGUACUUUGCCUUUUCAAGAGUCACAGAGCUGCUUUGUAAGGAAAUCGUUAAUAAUUUAUUCGUAUAUUUUCCUGAAAUUAAUUCUUUAGAAUGAAGAAAUAUAUAUUUGACGGUUUAGAAAUAUUUUGCUUUGUUUGAAAAAGAAAAACUAAGUCGAUGAAAUUAAAUGGUGAUUUAGCAGCGGGGAUUAACGGGAUAAUCUUUUGAUAAAUUGUAGACACUGUUUCCGUUUAGUUUAUUAAAAUGAAGUCAGUUGAUGUGUUCCUUAAAAUGACAUGACAGAUGAAUGUUUAAAUACCUGUCAAGGGGAGAAUAAUUACCCUGGAGAUACGGACUGGGGGAACGGCGUAAAGCGCCGUCAUGCAGACAUUUAUUCAUUCUAACGUUAUAGUAAGAUACUUCUAUACCCUUAUCAGGCCCUUUUGACAACACUUUCAUCGUGGAGAGGCAUAAAAUAGGCCAUUUCCGAGUUCCCAAAAUUACGAAGCUAAGUGCAAUACAUUUCUUGUGAAAAUGAGCUUUAAUUUGCAUGAGAAUAUAAAGUCAUUUUCAUAUCAAUGGCUUCAGACUUAGCCUCGCUUUAAAACAGAGGCUUAAGGCAACUCGGGAUCGGCUCAUUCCCACAGUCUUCUCGUUCGUCAGUGUAACUGGUACAACGUCUGAACGCCAGACUUCAAAGACUACUUUGCUUUAAAUUUUUCAUGUUUAUAAGGAACUUCAAGGUGCGGGUUUUACUGAUCAACAGCCAGCACUGUGUAUCUAACGCCUUUUUUCGGAAAUCAAGCCAAGAGAAGUCAGUCCUGAUGUUCUUCAUUUGUUUAUUUGUUUUUGUUCUUGUUUUGUUUGUUUGUUUAGUUGUUUGUUUUCUAGAGUAAAAAAGAGGGAAGCGGAAGCUUUAUUUGCUUAAGAAUGCCUGCAUGCUAGGUAGCGAUUAUCAUAUGAACAUGAAAACAUUGAACCUGAAAUUAAUGGUAUUUUGUUUUAACGACACCAGCAACAGCAAAUCCCGAUCAUCAACAGGAAAACAAACAAUUGAGCCCACUGAGUAAAUGGCAGAUACAGCGGUGUUCCUCUCCAAGCGCAGGAUUUUGCCAGGAAGAGUUAGUGAACGACUGGUUAGAAAGGAAUCACAUCCGGGUAGUUCAACGGCUUCCAAAAAUGGAUCCAACAGUGUUGGUAAGACAUCAAUAGGCAAUUCCGAGUUCCAAAAACCCUCUUUUUCAAAAUGAGGCCAAGUGCACAGCCUUUCUUGUGAAAAUGAGUUUUACUUGCAUGAGAAUGAAAAAUCAUUUCCAUAUCAAUCGCUGAGCACUUAACCUCGUUUUGAUACAGAGGCCCGGUGGAACUCGGAAACGGCCUAUUGCUUACGUGCCACUUAAGAAAUGAGAGGAAACUGGACCGAGUUAAUUUUAACGAAGACUUCUGGGACUUCAAAGCCAAUAACAUGACGGCUUAACUGCAGGACAGGCGACCAAUAAUAUCACGACUUAACUGACCAAUUAGAUCAAUAACCAGAGUUUAAUACCAUCCUGACAUGAUACAACUCACUUUGACUCUGAAGAUGACUACCGCAGGGGUGAUCGAGGCGUCAGUCACUGUCAACAACAGUCCUAUUCAGGACUAAGAUCACCCGAACGAUUAUGCUUCACCUACUAUAGUAAUUAUUGCAUUGCAUUAUCAUUGUAAUGAUUUGUUUGUUUGUUUGUUUUUUUUUUAUGUUAAAGCUUUUGCAAUACUGUAACUACAUAAUUAUAGUCAUGCAAAUAACGCUUAUGUUGUUGUUGUUGUUGUUGUUGUUACUUAUGAAAUGACUCCUGGGUUCAAGACUUUCACACUUCUGGGAAUGUUGCUGGGGACAGGGAAAACAAAUUCGCCAAUAUCUGAAUGGGCGUCCCCAAUAACAAUCCCAGAAACAAUAGUGGGAAGCAUUUGGCUCCAGUUCCCUUCUCAUUUCUAAAGUAGCGAAUUUGAGUCACUCCAACUUUAAAAAAAAAUUGCUUCAUUCAAUUUUAUCUUGACCUGAUUAAAAAUGGUGAAAGACCAGUAAAUCGCAGGACAGUUUCAGUCUUGUUUCCUUUGUUUGCUCGGGAACCGUCAAUCUUAAUUGUCUAAAGAAAACUAAUGAGACAAUCUUUUAUCAUAAAAUACUUCAAUAAUAAGAAAAUUAAGCUACUUUCUUACGAACGAGACAACUUCCAACAUUGUUGCACCAACAUUGUUGCGUGUUGAUGCGUCCGUGUUGUAGUGGUGUUCAAACGCAUACAACAACUUCCAACUACACCCAAAAACAUGCAACAGGGUUUGCAAACGGACGCAGCAUGUAACAUCCAACAAUGUUGCGUCCGUUUGCAGGGAGGCUUAAAUCUCCCAGAAAUUUCGCGUUACUCAAUCAAAUAUCUCUUUCUACCGAUUUUUGUUUCUGUCUUGAUUUUUACCAAACAGACCAGUCGUGGCACAGAUGUUUCAAAAUACUUCAGCUUCAUCCAUCCUCCUCCAUUUAGCAUAAAGGUGCUCUCCGCGGAAGACAAAAGAUCAGGAGAGAACACCCAGAGAAGGGUAUGUUGCGACAAAGGAUAGAGUUUUUCUGGCUUAUAGUUAGUAGUCUGGAAUUGUCUGGAAUAGGGUAAGGGGUUUGGAAACCUUACCUAAAAGAUGGUGGCAAAAUGCCAUUUAAGAAGGUCUGGUUUCAGCCAAUUUGAGGUUGUGCCUCAGACUGGGUCGGUGUUGCAUCAAAUUACACCAUGAGGCAGUCAGUUUUAGGUUGCCUGACAAGCAAUAACAGUAAUAGCAAUAGUAUUCGUAAUAACCAAUGAAAGAAGUGAUAGCGUCUCCAUAAUGCAAUUCGACCGACCGACUCUCAUGCUCAACCUGAAAAUGGCCAAUAAGCUAAUGGUUCCCAGGUUCCCGCGGUGCACACUGAUCCAACAUCAUAAAGGGGUCCUUGACAUGCAAGACUUUGUCAAAAUUCUUCACUUUGAUUUUUUUUUCUCGCAGACUGCUCAUUCAGAAUUGACUUCACCUUGCCCUCGAUUACUCAGAAGCCAGAGGUCCGAUAGGGUAAGUUUCAGUCGCAAUAAUAUUUCAGCUGUGCGAGAGAUCCCCUACCUGGCCUUCCCUUUAAAAUUCUUUAUUUAUUUAUUUAUUUAUUUAUUUAUUUAUUUCGGACACACAAACAAUUACAAUACAUUACAUUUACAAUUCAUUACAAUAAAUUCUAAUUAUCGGUUACUAAAUUAUGUAAUUCUACCAUCACUGUUCAAACUGUUAAAGAAGGCUUAUAGCACGGCAAUAAAAUGUCUGAGCUUAUUAGAAGGUGACUUUCCAACGUUAUGAGAUUUCUUCAGGUUGUUCAUGUUCUCGCAAAUGGCUGCUACCUUAGGGUGCUUAUUAGGGAUCAAGCAUAAUUAAUAACGACAACGGCUACAAAAAAGUGAAGUCGUGCUGCAUUUUAUUCCAUCUCUUUCAAUUCGUCCGCAAAUGUUGGCAGUUUUUCUCUGGAGCUGAAUUCUGAAAGAAUGAAUCGAAGUUCAAGAAAGGAGAAAGACAGUCUUUUCUUGUGUUCACGUCUUCCACAAAACGUGAAAAUACGCAUUUUCACGUCGUAGUCGUGCAAUGACGGCAAAAAAAUGUACAAAAAAGUGUGAUGCACGUGCAAAGUUGUUGUUUUGUCGAUCUAAACCUGUUUCUUUUUUUUCGUUCUCACUGAGUUUGCCGUCGUCGUUGCUUAAGAUCCCACAUAUUAGUCAGAGGUGAACUGCUCAGUCGUAAAGAGAAGUCCAUUAUUAGUCAGAACGUUUCAUUCAUUCUGUUCGCAAACACUAUGCAUGCUAUUGAUCGUUUGUUCUUGUUGUUGUUGUUGUUUACUAAAAAUCUUGAAAAAACAAACCAACCCCACCAACUCCAUGGUCCACACUUCACGAUCUGACUUUUUUUCACGAGCCCCCAUGUUCGCCAUAUUGGAAUUGCAUCAUAUUAUUAAAUUUGCAAAAUCAGAGACUGAAGGCCCCUGUUUCCAGUUUUUUAGAGGUCAGCGCGCUGUGUCCACAAGGGUAAACACCGAAGGUUUAUUCGGGACUUUUGUUGUGUUGUAGGAUGCUUUUGCACUAAAUCCUGUCAUACGAGUUGGCGGAGGUUACCGGAGACUAAGCUGGAAGGUAAAAAGGUUUUUUUUUUUCAUUUCACGAAAUCUUCCCGUUACCACCAGUCGAAAAAUUAAAAAAAAAAAAGAUUAUCUGUUCUCCUCUCUUCCAUCGUUAAGACUUGCACUACCUGAGGAAUUCCAAACAGACUUAAACCUUUUUUCUCCAAACUGUAUAAGGAACCACAAAAAUAUUGUUUGAGGGGCAUAUGAUUUACAUUUUUUUCAGUUGAUUUAUUAUUUUAAGCACCUUGGGUAGAAACUGAGAGAAUGAGUUUUGUAACAUUCUUCUGAGAUGAAAAAGUAGUAGAUUGUUCUCAAACCAAACACCACUGACUAUCAGACUUACGUAUGUAUUCGUCCUGUUUGUUUUUCGUUUCGCCAGGUUCUCGAUGUCCUUCCUUCAAUAGGCCAGUAUGAUCCCGAUUUCUCUCCUGGCUACUGGUGUACAUCAUGUAACGCGAGGUUGCUUGUCACGGAAAAGGUCACGAACUCUCGAGGGAAAAUUCGGACGAUACUAGCUACCCCCAAACGGUGCCAUAAAUGUGGAACUCCUACUAUGGAUUAUCAAGCACUUACUGGAAACGACUUACAUGAAAGCGUUCUGGACACUUUGAGUAGAAGGGACUCUAGAUUUAUCGUUGAUCAUAGGCAUUUUAAUAAUGCACGAGAAUCGCGAUCUUCCCCGAAAAAUAAAACGAGGGUAUCGCCAGUUUCCAGCUCAUUAGAUUGGCACGAUGAUAUGGAGUCUUUCAGACUACAUAUGAGCAGACAAAGCGAAAUAGAUGACGAACUGGAAGCUAGAUACCAGGUUUCCCAAAUGCCACGCUCAGAAUCAGGUGACAGUGUAUUCAUAACUGAACCUGGGGCGGACAUCGAUAAAAUAAGUGAACCUCGUGAUGUGCGACGCGCAUGGGAUGAUGGUUCAGAUCGAGCGGAAGUGACGAAAGAAUAUGAGGAUAGAAGUGGGGAGUGGGGUGAUGCGGAGCAAACCGGAAGUUGUUGGUCCGAUAUAACUGAUCAUGAUGAUGACCUUUUGAGUGACUUUGAAAUGAUAGAAGACUAUGAUCCAGAAUCAGGAUUUACAGUGCGCUUGCGCAGGAAGACAUCUGGUGAAACUCCAAAGGCUAGUGAUUUAAUACAAGGUAAUCAAGAUGUGAAAGGUGUGGGUAGGAAGUCAAAAGAACAAAGAACAGAAAUAAAGGAGAGAAAACAUGGCCAUUAUGAGGAAAAAUUUGCACGAAAAGAAAAGGCGACCAGUAAGCCAAAAAGAAAGAGGAAAACAAGUAAGCAAAUCCCCGUCGACCAAAAAACAAACAAGCCAUCACGCUCAGAUGAAGUCGUUGGCGAUGAAGAGGAAAUUGUGAAUGUAGAAAAAAAAGGAACGAUAAGAGAUAACGAAGUUAAAAAGUAUAAAACAUCUUUACCAAGAAUGGAUUCAUUUUACACGGUUGGCCUAGACAGACGUGAUCUUGUUUUUUCUUCGGAACCAGUCAUCGAACUGAGUGACGAAGAUGACUUCAUAAUCAAUCCUGAGACAAGAGUCAGCGGGGACUCUUUAUCUGAUCCAGAAUUCAUAGCGGACAACUGGAGUAGUGUACCCCGUCGUUCUGGUUUAGAGAGAAGACCCUCCAAGCCUUCCCCAUCUGAUCAGGUACUUUUUUAUUUCAAACAUGUAAAUGAUUUUAGUGAAUAAAUACCAUCUUUUUGCUCAUAAAUUACACUUAGGCUCAAUAGCGAUUUUUGGUGGUUUUCACUGAAAUGCAACAACAGACUUUCCAACGUUGCUAAUCGCGGUUAUUCUUCUUACUAAUAGGCCACUUCCGAGUUCCAAAAACCUUCACUUUCAAAAUGAGGCUAGGUGCGCAACCUUUCUUGUGAAAAUGAGUUUUAUUUGCAUGAGAAUGAAAAAUGAUUUCCACAUCAAAGGCUUAGCGCCUACCCUCACUUUGAAACAGAGGCCCGGGGGAACUCAGGAAUGGACUAUUGAUCCUACUUCUAGAACAACAACAUAAUUCCCCUCCAUCUCGUUUUCGGAACAUAGAUUUUCUUGUUCAAUUUUAUUCACGGCUUGGUUUGAAGUUUACCGGUAUAAUUGUACCAAAGCAUACAUCGUUUUCCAGGAAGUCAAAUAAGUCUUACUUGAAAACAAUGCGCUUUUGAAUUGCGAAUAGCUUAGUCUGUAUCAUUUCCUUUGUUUUAUUAGGAGUACGAAGAAUACUCGUCGCCAAUGACAAUAUCGCCAAGGCAGCAAGACGGCUAUCUGGCUGACAGUGAAGAGAACGCUGACUUAAGUUCAUUACAGGCUCAGAUUCAACAGGCUCGAAACGAAGCGAGGAAAAAUCAAAGGAAAAAGGAGGAAUUGAAAGAGAUGACGAGAAAGGAAUCAAAAGGUAGAAGAGAAAUAGGUAAGACUAGAAGAUACGGCAAGACCGGGAGAUAAAAACCCAACUUUAGGUCUCAGUAAAUUUUCUUCUUAUGUGCUGUACAACGUCUUUAAAACGAUAUCACUAGGGGGUUUGAUCUCUUUUAAUGUCUAAAUAUUAUUAUCUUAUUUGCAGUCGCUGAACGCUCUGAUUCACGAAGACUUUCGGGAGAAGAUGGUUUCAACAAAGCCCCUGUAACCAAUGGCGACUGGGACAGUGACUGGGAUAGUGAUUUCAGUUUACACGUUCAUCCUCUUAGCGAGCUGAGUAUGUCGAGCAGUGAGGAGGAUCAUUGGCAGAAAGGCAGUCAAGGGAAAACUAGUAAGACUGAAAAACAAGAGAAAUUAAGAAAAGCAUCUGACAAGACUGUUUCUAAUGCUGCAAGGAGAAAAGAGAGCAGGCUGGUUGAUACGGACCAACACAAAGGCACACUUAAAGGAGAUGCUGGUAGAGAGGAGAUUCAGCAGGGUAGUGCGGGCGAGAUCCCUGUAAGACAAAGGAAAUCAAGCAGGAAGAUGAUCGUUAAACCUAUUCCAAAAAUUGGCUCAGGUAUAGUAUAAACGAAAAUAACCUAAAAGAGAACCGGCAUUUCGCGACACCAUCACCGGUUUCCUAGAUGACGUGUCACUACCCUGAUCUCGGUAGUGAUUUUCAUUGGUUUACAAUUUGCUUCAGACAGUAAGAAGCACCACCCAGAUCUGGUUUGUGACACGUCAUCAGUAUGGAAUUGUAGCCCUCUUUCCUCAGACGUCAUAAAACAUUUCGUGGGAAACCAGUGGUGACGUCACAAAAUGUCGGCUUUUUUUCUGAGGCUAAUGAGAAUAAUGAUUUCGUGUCAUUGUCAUGUGUGUGUCACAUCUCAGUUUUUAGCGUUGGCUCACUAACAAACAGAGCAUUUGUUUCUACUGCGUCCACGAGGGUCUCGUCUUUCCGCUACGUACUGUUUGACGGUUGAAUUUAUGAAAACUUUUACCUCAAGCAUCUAGAAUGACGGAAGAUACAAAUGACAAAAAAAAAAGUUUCCCAUUUCUUGCAUUACAGGGGUGUGUGGGGUGGCUGUAAAUUUCAUAUAGGGUAAGAAAAAUUACUCAUGCCUGAUCCAGCUUUCCAUUUUGCUCAAUGUACUUUAAAGCUAACGCUUACGAUGAUAAAGAUGAAGAUAACUUAUGAUAGCGAUGAUGAUAAUUCAUGAUAAUGAUGAGGAUAAUUCAUGAUAAUGAUGAGGAUAAUUCAAGAUAAUGAUCAUGAUUUUUCUAUCAAUUAGGAUCAGAAUCUGACGACAUAACACCUCGCCAAAGAAUGCGUGUACCACGUGACGAAGACGACUUAAGCGAAAGUGACCUGAUGUAUUUUACACAGCAAUUUCAAGCGCCUCGUUCAAGGGAGAGUCACGGAAGAAGUACCACAGAAGACGGGCCCGUAAGGUGCAGAGGAAUUGACUGUUAUCGAUGCGGAGCCCAUAUUUCCGAGUGUCAGGGACUUUGCGCGACGUGCGGUACUAUGUGUCAGCGGCCGGGUGGACCAUGCAGUGCCUGCAGGGAUAUCUGCGAGAAUUGUAAUAAGCCAAGAUACAAAUGCACAUCUGCUUGUAGAAGGCUAAAAAUAAGCGAAGAUAUAGAGGUAGAGGAAGAAGAUGGAAAUGUUGGGUCAGAUGGUAAGUGGAAGUAAUGCCUGUAAAUGCGUUACUACUGAGUGACAUGCGCACUUGCAUUCAUUCUACCCGGGGUAUUUUCUCACGAAACUUUGCUGCUAAAAUACGAUAACGAUGAUGAAGAUGAUGAUAACUAAAUUACUUAAUGAUUAAACUGAUGUUAAUAACAAUGAUAACAACACUCGUAAUAAUCAGAGAAACGACAGAUUUUCGUUUUGAUUUUGAUUCUAGACUUAUAGCUGUAGCAGAUGAGACGAUGGCAACAACGCUUAAGUGAAAAAUUUAUUCUAAAGCCUCACCAACAUGGGCCAAAAGACUUUUAAGUUAUAUCUAUUGAAAGUUAUCUGUGAAUCACUUAGAAGUAACCCUCCAUUACUGUACAUAUCACAGCAACAGUGUUUUAUUCAUGUGCGUCUAGAUUUUGACGGCGAACCAACUUUCGAAGAGAACAAGAAAAGAUCUCUUAUAGGUAAGAGUUGUUACAUUAUCAAACAAAUUGGCAUAAUGGACGUUGCUACGUGUAAAUUAGCUGUUUCUCGCGCGACGUGUAUAACAAGUACCCUGGAGAUAAAAUGACGAACUAGAACUUAUAACGUCAUUUGUAAUACACCUUUUGCUAUCGUUUCCUUAAAAAGUUUCCUUACCAUCAUUUAUAGAGAAUUCAAGACCCGAGAUCUCCUCUGCAGAAAAAGACGAACUUUCCCUUAGGCGUAGCCAAUCAGAACAUGGUGAAGAAAUAAGUAUCGCAGAUCAGGUAUGGAGACUACUGUACAGUCUUGAACAAAACACCUUUGCUAAUUCCUUUCACAUACUAGAUCGAGCCAAUUUUCAUAGUAAGAUGCCACUUUCAUUUCUAUUAGAAAAGAGAUCUACACUCUCCCUGACAUUUCGUUGUAAACCUUAAAAUCAAUAAAUUAGGUGUGGUUUUAGUUUUGUAAACAAAUUAUCAAAAAUUGAAAAGACAAUCAUACUAGCUUCAAGAAAUGCCUCUUGUAUGUUUGGAACUGAGUGGAGGCGAUGUAAUACUACGCGCGUUUGAAUGCGUUUUCGAGCCUUUGCUUUCCCAUCACGAUGUUUCUUAGACAAAAUUUAGCUCUUCACUGUCUCCCAUGAAUCAGGAAAAGAAGUACAUCAGCCGGCGCUCAUGGAUAACCCUUCUUAUGGGAUAAAAAGUGUGCAUUAUCUCAAGAGAGGAUAAUGGGUUCCGCUAUUUAUUAUGUCCAGAGUAGAGAAGUAAAACUUCAAGCUGCUACAGACUACAGAAUUCGGGUUCAGCUCAAGCGUAGUUUGGGCUGGUGUGGCUAAUAAGCGCUCGUGUAUUUGUUUUAAAACUAACAGGCAAUACAGGCUUGUAUAGCGUGCAUACAAAACACAAGACAAAUGCAACUUUAAAGCUGGACCUACUUUUAAAUUAAUUUUGUUAUUUUUAAGUCCCAGAACAUGCAAACAAGGAGGAAAGAACGCAAGAGCAGGUAAGAAUCCAAAUUUUUCAAAAUUGGUCCAUCCUCAGUUGUUUCACUGUGCAACUUACUUUAACUGAUGAUUAGUCGUAUGUAGUCUUCUAGUUCAAUGCCUCUUCAAUAGACCGUCUUUUAAUUGCGAGUAAAGUUUCUCAAUUACAUUGACACUGAACCUAUUUUCAUACAAGUCAGUAUACAAGUCAGGGUCGCGAGAUCGUGGUUUGGUAUCGAAGUGUGUCACUUGUUGAAUUGUGUUACGAAAUUUAUUCAAAAUUCAAACUAAGGGAACUGUCACCAAAUUGUGCGAAACAUAAAAAAACAGCUUUAAACAUGAAAAGGGCGUUUUGGCCAUCCACAUUCCUAACAUCCUAAUGAUAUUGGCAUUCCCUGUGACUCUAACACAAAUCGCUAAGGUAAUAUGAGAAGGGGAUGCCCGUAUCACUAGGGUUUUGGGAAUGGGAAGCGCAUAUCACUGGAAGGCCAGGCUUCGAACAACUCGGCACAGGUCUACCUUUUAUAAAGAGGCUUAGGAAAAAGUGAAAAUUGUCAGAUAAGUAUCCUCAGAUCUCGCUUGAAAUUGAUAGGGGUCCUCCUACAGAGAGAAAGAAGAAAGACUUGAACAAUGUUAAACGCGUCAGAGCAAAAAGGAACCAAAUGUCUCUAAACGUGGACGAAGAAAAUGACCUAGAAAAAGAAAUAGAGACAGAAAUGGACGAGGAGCCGGAGGCACAGGAAGAAGAGGUAUUUAGUCUAGAUAAUCAUUUAUUGAUGUAACUUGUGUAGUUUAAAAACAACUGGAAAACAGUUCUGGGGCACACACUAAGUUGUGAAUGCGCACAGGACUUAUUGAUAAACAAAGAAAGAUGGUAGACGUUAAGCUUGGUGGAGAAAUGAACACAUCACCCAUUCUUCAGAACUUUUAUUAAGCACAAAAUAAACAAGCAUCGUCUCGAGGACCUAAUGGCUUCUAUAUCUGUAUAUAGUUGUGAAAUUCCGUUUUUUUUUUUCCUUAUGGAGGUGAAGAAUUAAGGCGUGUGCAAAUAGAGGGGUGGGAAGCAAAGAAACCUCGUCAAGUUCGUCAAUCUAUUUCACUGCCCUGAGGCCGGUAAACCUCUCAUCUUUGCUAAGGGACAAAAUGCAGGGAGCAUCCCUUUGAUCAGGGCUAGCUCCCAUUUAGGGAAAGAUUAAUGUUUCUUAAGUCCUGAUACUCAUUGAGGCCUGAUGAAACAGUAUCUGGUUGGGACAGCUGUGGCUAUUGGGUGAUUUUUGACUUUUUUUGUUUUCUUAAGAAGAAGAAAAAGAAAAAACUAUAGUACUGAACCAUGUUUUAAUUUCUAUUUCUAAAGGACCCUGAAUUGUACGAACCGUUGGCAAAAGAGGAUGUUCCUUCCAAACCUGAACCGUCUGUAUACUCCAGCAAUUCAAUUAGAAAAGCAAAACCUUCCAAGAAAGUCAUAUCACGGACUGUUGUUUAUAAAGAAAGAGAAAAACCUUCAAAGACGAAACCAAAAGAAGCAGAAGAAGAACCUGAAGAAGAAGAUAACGGCAGCGAAAAUGAUUCUGUGGUGGUUAGUCAAACGCCAUUCGAAGAAACUGAGGAGAUUGCUGAAGAAGGACCUGUAACUGUGAGCGAGGAGACUGGUAAAGAUGAACUGUCCACAGAGCAGAGGACUGGGGAGGAGACGGUACCUAAUAGAAAUGAUAGUAAUAAGGAUGAGGUCAAAACAGAGUUGGAAGAAAUAAAGAGGACUGAAACUAACGAAAAUGUAGAGAAAGAAAAGGAGAUGAAAGAACAAGAGAAAAAAGAGCAGGAAAGAAAAAAGCAAGUUGUUCCAAAGGGUAGGUUACUGGUUACUAAAAUGUGAAUCAGAAACAGGAAUAUUGUUUUUUGAUGAAUAAUCGAUAAUCAGUCACAUGCCGUUACUUGGUUCCAUUUUUUUCCUCAGUUCGUGGAGUGAUGAGAGUGAACGCGGCAUUUAAGGAACGAGCAGAACUGGCAAAGAGAUUAAAAAGUGUCUUAAAGUAAGAUAACGUGUAGCCUUUGCUAUUUAAGAAUUUAAGAGAGUUCUUUCGUUUUUUCUAGUGUCUGAAUACCAGUGGGGUAGAAGAUAACCGACUCAUAAUUGCUUUAUAUCAAGUUUUCAACGACCUAUCCGAUACCCUUCUGUGCGGAGGAAAACACGAACGAGAACUGACCAAAUUGUAAUCAAGUCUUGCGUGGUAGCAACUAUUUCAACUAUCUUACCUUGAUCUCUCUCUUACAUCACAUUAAUCCUUUCUGUGAAUGAUUUGAACCCAGGAGUCAUGUAAUUAAUAGGUGGAAUAUGAUCGUCCCGACGAGUGUAGUCCAAAAUAGGACUGCAGUGUUUGACGUUCGCACUGUCUAUGGGGUAGUCAUGUUCUUAAUCAAAGUGAGUUGUAUCUCGUCAACUCUAGUUAUCGACCUGAUUGGUCAAUUAACUCGCGAUAUGUUAUUGGUCGUCUGUCAGUUAAGCCAUGAUUUUGUUGGCUACGAAGACUCUUAAAUGAACGAUCCGUCUUUUGUCACAGUAAAGCGUUUCUGUUUUGUCUAAUAGGGAAGCCAUGAGUGACGUGAUUGGACAAGCCGACAUAAAAACGCGUAAAGGUAUUUCAUUUGAUUGAUGAACCGAUAAAAUGAAAAAAAAAUUGUCCUUUGAUCAUUUAUAACUAUAAUUUUCUUUUGAUUUAAAAAUUGAUGAAAUAAAAAACUGUCCUUAAUGUUUAUAAGCGACCGUUCCACUGUAGUUUUGUUUUGACAUACCCUGGUAAAUCAUUGCUUGUUUUGCAGACUCCACGAUUGAUUAUAUAGCGCAGUAUCGACUCGUAAACCGGAGUCAUCUGGAAAUGUACGGCCGUGCGUUUACACUUGAAGAUGAAGAUGAGGAUGGGCUUAUAUCAUAUGAGGUAAUGCUUGCUGUUUGUGACUAUCACUGCAGUUAUUGAAUGUAACAUAAAUCUGUAAAAAAAAACUUAGGUUUCAAAAUAUAGCAUAAAGAUGAUUUUCUCUCCAAAGCAAUUGCGAUCAGUGAGAAAACGGAAAGGAAACGCUUUGCAAAGUUAAAGGUUGCUACGUUUACAGCAAUUCGUAAGUUAAAAAAUCAAAACAAAAGUAAUACUAACAAAAAUGGGUUUAGGAACCAAAACGGAAAGAACUGGAGUCGGAAGGUGUCAAGAAAGAUCGUAGUUCCUCGUACCUCGGGUCUGUGUUGCUUAGAGAUACAUGCUUUGAAAACCUUUCGAGGUUAAACUAUUUUUGUUAUUUGCACAGCAAAUGCUGCUAGCCUUGGAAGGGGUACCAAGCGUUGCAGGAAUGUCUAGGAAACAGCUCAUGUUCGUUUUACAGGUAAGACAUCUGGUGGCUGAGAAAACAGUUAUCGCAGAUGUGGGUGUGCUUUUAUUAGACGUUACUUUUAUAUAAACGGAAUAACAAACAAGAAAGCAUGGCUGACACUAAAGGCACGGUAAAACGGGCGUCGAAAAAAUUCAUGUUGUUUUCGGCAGCAUUGCGGCGGGCAAAACGUGUUGAAAAGCGAUGUUGCUUGUUUUAGCGUACACGAAUCAAAACUGUCUUACAGCGAAUCAGGUUGUUGCAGGUUGCGAAAAGUUGUUGCAGAAAGUAGAGAGUAGAUCUACUUGUUGCAACAAAUUCUGUACAUGUUGCUCGCUUUGCCGGCCCAAAGCAAACUUGUUUUGCAGUAAGUGACAUCACUCCAGCGUAUGACUUGACUCGAUCCCGCGUAAUUUCAGUUAAAGUCAGUUUUCACGCAACUUACAACAACCUGAUUUGUUUCAAGAAAGGUUUGGUUUGUGGGCGGUAAAAACGCGCACUUUCGCUUCUCAAAUCGUUUUGCAGCAAUGUUGCCUGUUUUUGUUGCUCGUUUUUUAGGUAGUAGGAAGGUUAUUGAAAUGCCAGUAUUUCUGCUAUAUAAAUUCACCUGUAAAUGCUGAUUUUGAAUUAAGUUUCUUGUUUAUUAUUAAGAUAAGCGCGGAAAAAUUAAAUUCAAACUACAUGUUUUAAACUCUAUGUAGAGAAAAAAAAUGAUUUUAUUUUCUCUCAUUCCGGUAAAAGAGUGAUUUUCUUUUUCCAAAGCCUGUUUUAAUGUACGGUACAGCAAAUGGCUUUGUUGAAUUUUUUAUGAGUCUUUUAAAACAAACGGAUUUUUUAUGAGCAAAAUAUGAGUGAACAGAUCUCGAUCGAAAAAAUCUGAACAUGGGUUCAUUAUUUCAUUAAUCAAUACUGGUCAUAUUUUCAGCCCUUUUUAAAUUUUCGGAGGUAACAUUAUCAGGGGAGCUGUACUGUCGGUACGAUGACCAACCCGUGAAGAAAAAAAAACAAAAAUGAUAAAAGGCGAAGGCUGCUUAUUAGCAAGUAGAUUGAACACCGAAUUUUAAUUUAUAAAUAUCUGCAUAAGGCUGUUUAUUUUUACUUCGCCUUUGACAUUUAAUUAUGAAAUCAUGAAUACACUUCAUUUCAAGCGCGGAUUACUGGGAUAUAAUCGCAAAAUAAGCUCUUUAAUUUUCCCACCAACUAUGCACUACUGUUUUUUGACGAAAACUUCAAAAAGUAAUUUUAUUUUUCCGUAAAAUUAAUUUUGAUUUUGCAACAAAAUGCUGCCUCCGUUUUUAAAUCUAAUCUGCUUGAGAAUUUUCCUCUUUUUUUUCCCUUUGAAUUUAAUGUAUAUAAUAAAUAUUCCAAACGGAUUUUUUUUAAUAACAACGUCGAAGCGUUCAGAUCAUGCGGAACAAUAAACUCAAAAAUUCGUCUUUAGUGGGCCAUUUAUCGUUUGAUAUGCUUGUCGUUGUUAAUGUUCCCGGCGCCGUAGCAGCUCUCUGUCUUUGAAGUAACGUAGCGUUGUUCAUCAAGUUCUCGUUUGAGCGACAUUUUGGAUCAUCCUUUUUCAUUCCCUGCUUAGAAGAAUUGCUGCGAUCGUUACUUCUAAAAUUUGUGGCUGAUAAGGUACCUGAACAUUGGCCACAGUUUAUCUCUCGCCGCUCUUUCUGGCUUUCCAAAAGCGAUAUUUUCCGAUGAAUUCGCUUUAAAAUUUCUGAAGGUUUUCUUCUUCCAAAAUACGGGUCAUCAACUUUAGUACAACCCUUUUUCCUGCCUGGAAAUUCCAUGCUCCUGAAUCAAUCCCAACACAAAAAUAACGCCAUGUCAACUUCUUCAAAUAUGCAUGCAAUGUAUUCUUUGCGUGAAUUUUGUCGUUGGCUCCUAUUUUUUCUGCUUCUGAAGUAAGCUCUUUGACUUUAAUUCGUUGUUAAUCUCGGACUCAUUGAAGUAAUCGAUUUUAUCUUCUUUUUGAGGCAACCUUUGUAACCGACUUUAGAUGGUGUUUUCGUCGAAAACAACGACGCAAAAGUUCGUCACAAUGAAGUGGCUGUACUGUUCGUUGUUCCUAAAAUAUCAAUUAUAGCUUUUGUAAAUUGCUUGAGCUCUUCUAAAGAAGAGAACAAUAGGGUUAAAUGAAAGCCCCUAUUCUUGUGGAAAUGUGUUAUUUUUUGACAAAACAAAAGAGUCGGAUGAAGAUAAUUUUUCCCAAAAUACGUCCUUCAAGUUUUCGUUCAGCCAAAUUUGAAAUUAUUUGACAUCAAAAACAGGUUGCAUGUACGUAAGUCUGCUUGAAUUUGUCACAACCUCUUAAUUUGGUUUGCCCAAAGUUGGCUGCAGUCUUUGUGUGAAAUUAAAGUUACCAUGGUGUUUUUUAUUGUUUAAGCCCACCAUGUCACGGCUUAAAUAGGCAGGUGAGAAUCAAUAUUUGCAUUCGAAACAGCGGAAGGCUUAAAACAAUAAUAACCGUGGACCGUCUUGCAAGUGGCAAGAAAGUAAUAACGGGGUGCUAAUUGAUUUCGCAAAAAUAAUUUCCGAACCCUUUCUUCUGUUAAGUUAAGUUUAACACGAAAGCAGUAAUUGAUAGAGGGAAAAGAACUGGCUAGGACUGAAGAACUCGUGAACUCAGGAAAGGUUAUGAAGGAUGAUCGCUAACAGGGGCGCAGUGUGAGAUUAUGAAAGUGUACGCACGGAAAAAUAGCUAGUGUAGAUACGCUCUAAACUAGUGGGGUUGAGAUGCUAGCCUGCGAACCGCAGACGUAUUUCCGGUGGUCGCUUCUCUUCGACGACCGGAAAUACGUCUACGGUCGCAGGCUAUUGGGUCUCGAAAAUGCCAUUUCCUGCGUUUUCCGCGGGAUAUUUCUCAGUAAGUACGUCAGUUGUUUAUUUUACACAUCUCUAGCGUUAUGGAAUAAUAAAAGGAUAGAGGAAAUACUAAAACAAAGACACUUAUAUAAUGCGAAAAAUUUAUCAGUCAUCCCAAUUUGAUGACAAAAAUGUUUUCAGGGGAAAAACAAAAUCCAGAUUUCGGCUGAACGCACCGGCGUAUGUAAGUAUAUAUGGACGCUACGCUCCUGGCUGACUUCUUCAGAGAACCGCUGCAUUUAAAUGCAACACGGGCAUUGCUAACGAACUUUCGCACCCAAUCUACUCGACGCGUCUUGAUCAGCGUGUUGCAGUAUGUUAAAGACAUCUAAAAAUAUAUUAUGCUAAACGAAGCUACGUUCAUAUGAAGCCGGGCGACUUUUCGACCGGACAGUUCGUUCACUCGGGACCGUUCAAUGUUUUGGCUCUGUUCAAACAGAAUUUUAAGCGGCUAGGCGUCUAAAUUUUCGUACGGUUAAGGUGGUUCCGUGUGAACAGAACUCCUAAACGCACGAAUUUUCAACCAGUCAAAAAUUCGUCCAGUGUCGUGUGAAGCUGCCUGAGUGGUUUGAUCUAGUUGUUUAUAAAACAGCGCUGCAAUGAAUCGGGUUUUCAGUGAAUCUCAUGGAUGAAUUAUUGUGACAAACUAACAGGACAUUUUGUGAUGAAAUGUAGGCAAAAAAUGCUUUCAGUCGUUGGUGUUCGUUAAGCUUUGAAGCUGUAUAGGUGAUAGCAUGAUUUAUAGUGAUAUUUGGCAUGAAUACCACGAGAGAUAUUUCGAAAUUGUUAUACGUAAUUGAGAUAAUUUUGAGAUAAUUUUGAAAUAUCACGAGUGGAUUUAUGCCAAAUAUCACGGACAAAUCAUGCUAUUAUUUGUUUAUACUACUACCCGCAAAGGUUUUGUAAUUUUCACAUGUAGGUAAUUCAUAUUAAGCUGAAAUACCGCUGCUCUAAGCCAAUCAAUUUGCAGAAAUUUCUCAUGUAGUAGUAUAAUAGCAAUAUAGUAAUAAUAAUAAUAAUAAUGACAGUGAUGAUAAUGAUAAAAACAAAAAUAAAAAUAAUGAUAGUCAUAAAUCAUCACCCAGACCAUAAUGCACCUUCUUUAUACCCCACAAAAUUAUACAUAACCAUUGUUUCCAAUUUCUCCUGGGUAUUACAGUCGUCCCAAGAAAAAUUGAAAAAUUUGGCGGGUAAGCAGUCAUUAUGGUCCGGUGAAAAUGGUCAAUGUACGGCGAGCAGAAGGCGUCGGCUUUCUCAACGAAAAUAAUUCGCCAAGUUAAGAUAGAAAACAGUAGUGGUUGAAAACUUGUAAUCAAUACAAAACUAAUAUCGUUUCAAAAACACGGCCAUUUCCUACGAUCCACUUUAAGCCUUUCAGUUAGGGUUUGGUGCUUAGUUCCUUCGCCCUACCUGAGCAUUAGAUCAUAUUUUUUAUCAUAUUUUUUCUUUGCGCCUUAUAAAUAAUAAAUUACUAUUAUUAUUUUUCAAACCUAAAAUUACUCGACUGCAGCAUACGUUUCUCUCUAUACCAGGUACUGGACCUUUUCCCUGGAUCAAGAAUAACAUUUAAGAUGUUUUCGGUGACCACUGCGUUAUGUGAGAAAGUUAUGACUCUUGAGUAAGUUAUCGUUCUAUCUAUAGCUUUGCUGUGCAUUUAUUUGCCUGUCUACUAUGCCUACAAAAUGAAAGGUUUGUCUUAAAUUUUUCUUGUUUCAGUGAGUUUGUCAGGCAGCUGGUAGAAGAAAUCGACCUAUUUGAACUGGAAUGCAAGUUGGACAUGUUUAGGGUAAAAUUGUGUUUUUUUUUUAAUUUAGUCUCGUUUCUAUAUGGUCUUCCCCACGUUUUCCCGUUCAAAUCAUUCUGGUGACGUAGCUGGAACUCGCUAGCAUCAAACCACAUAGGACUCGUCGAACCAAUUAAUUAUAACUGAAUCAGAUCGAAAAGCAAUUUUAAUAAAUUUUCUCCCGAACGAGUCUAAAUAUACAUGAUCAUACAAAUUCACUAGUUAAGUUCGUCGGAUGUGAAGCAGACGGAUAGAACGUGUUGGACGAUCCAAACUCUUUCAAAAGAACUUAACUGAGCCAGACUUCGAACUGUUCUUGAACUUAACUCAUCGAAUUUGGUUCGUCUCAUGAAGAGCUCUAAGUUUGGCCAACACCAAUCAUGUGACUUGACUCCCUAAAUUCAAACAGUUCUGUGAUUUCGAGUUUUAUUACUCAUGAAACUUUGUUCUGAACAUCUCUUUCCAGAAAAUGUUCUUCGUGACAGGGGACUAUUCGGUGAAUUUCAUCACUGCUGAUCAGCUAAGAAUCGAACUUAAGGCCGGCGGGCUCAACCAACAGCAAGAAAAUCACGUGAUUGGUCACAUACUACAGUCUACUCAGGCGUGGGAGGUAAGUGCUUAAAAAAAGAACGAUAAUGAUUCAAGUACAAUUGUGCUCUUCUUGUACGGUUCUCUAGUACAGUUAAAGACAUGUCAAUUUGUUGUGAUCACACUGAACUUCCCUAUUGGUGGCGUUGGGCGAUUCUUACACCAUGUCGAUGACGCGAGAAAGAAAGAGAAAGGUAAAUACGCAGAGAUGUGGUUACGUCGUCCAUAAAGCGCCCCAUAAGGAAACUUUCACGUCGUGUUCGUGUAAGGAUAGCAGUUACUAAAACACGUGCUGGAAAAUUGUUGUUUUGCUUCUUAAACCCAUUGAGUUUUUGACGUUCUCGUUGCUGUUACUGUCCCAGUCGUUGAUAAAGCUCCCUAGUGAUUACAAUCAGGGACUGGUAAUCCCAAGACGCAAUCAGUACGACGCAACGUAACAUUCGGAGUAAAAUGGAGCUAAUUAAAGCAUUGUCAUAAAUAUUCUCCUUUCCCCCCUUUUUUCAUAUUCUAGAUUUCGUUCUUGGAUUACAUGGCAUACUUACCACUAUUUCUUUCGAUCCAUCAAAACAUUUGCGACAACGCCCUUGAUAUGUCACGUGACAAGUACAGGCGCCAUGACACCACGUAACAAUAAGCCAGGGUCUUUUUUUGGGCUGCUGGGAGGCCCUGGAGCCAGUGGGGAGCAAGUUUUGAAAAGUCCUCUGCACUGUUUACGUUUACCCAGACGGGAAAAAGUUAAAAUGUAACAGUUCACUUUGAAGAAAAAGAGUCCUUACAGUAGAAAUGCAUACAGUGUGUCGGAAUGGUAAUCAGCUAAUGAACUCAGACUUUUGAUAAUUUGAUAAAUGGAUAAUUGGAGUAUCAAAUGCAACUGAUCGCUAAAAGAAUGAAGUAGAAGUUGAAGUGAUAUCUAAUACAAAAUUGUGAUGUCAAUCAUGAAAGGUUGAGAGAACAUUACCCUUAAUUUUUCUCUCUCUCUCUCUCGUCUUCCUGUCCGUUUCCCAUCUCCUGCGCGCUUUUUGGGACGGGAAGAAGAAAGACCCUGGGGAAGAGACUUAGCAAGCAAAUGCUGAAGUGUUGUUGUAAAGACACUUUGGGUAAAAGAUGGAGUGAUAGCGGUGAAUUCUGAACACUUCGUGAUUGUUCUCGAGGGAAACAGCAAACUUGCAUGUUUCCUGAGAAGAUUAACGCCACAGAUUUUGCAGCGUUCCUCGCUCUGAAACUUGCGGUGGGAAGCAGUUCUUUAGAUGUCAUGUGACGCGAAAUAGAAAAAAAAAACAAUGAGAGAGCACUUAGUUUGAAAGAAAAUUCCAGCUUUAUAGAAAUAGAUAUCAAAUAAUCGAC